AUGGAGAAGUUAAAGAAAACGCGUAAGGCUUUAAGAGCAGCGUUUACACGUGCAUUCUCUCGAUUGAACCAGUUAAUAGAGGAAGAGAAUGUCGAUACAGUGGAACUACAGUCAAUGUUCGAGGUCUUUAAAGGCAAAGUGUGCGAAUUAGACGAGCUCGAUCAACAAAUUUUCCAACGGAUGCAAGAUGCGGAAGAAAUUACUGAAGAAGUCUUGUCAGAGGAAAUAGAGAAUGCAGACGAAUAUCGUAUCAAGUAUCAAAGGAUGAAGCUUAGGGUAAGUCGUAUUGUAGAAGCCCCUCUGUUGCAUACACGAUCAAAUGAGUCUCUAAAUGUGAUUACGACGCCUCCACAUACACAAGAUAAAAGAUUUAAGUUGCCAAAGAUAGAGUUACAAAAAUUUAGUGGUGAUUUGAAAGAAUGGCUAAAGUUUUGGAGCUUGUUUAAAAACAUUCAUGAAGACGGGUCUCUCUCAAAAGGGGACAAAUUUCAAUAUCUUGUACAGGCCAUAGUAGAAGGUUCGAAAGCUAGUGAACUUAUUAACAGUUUUCCUCCUAUAGCUGAGAAUUAUGAUAAAGCAAUUGACAGACUCAGAGACCGUUACGGUAAGAGUGAUUUACUAAUUGAAGUGUAUGUCCGUGAAUUACUCAAACUAGUGCUUAACACAGUCAAAGUAGGAAGUAAAAUAUCUAUGGCCAGUCUUUACGAUAAACUUGAGACUCAGUUGAGAGCACUUGAAUCCUUAAAUGUAACGACAGAAAUGUGCGCAGCCAUGCUAUAUCCAUUAGUCGAAUCAGCUUUGCCUGAAGAUUUAUUAAGAGUAUGGCAGAGAAAUACCACAUCAACGGGCACUGACGAUGCCAAAGAUCGACUGAGCGGAUUGAUGGACUUCUUGCAAAAGGAAGUGACAGCAGAAGAGAGAAUAGCCAUGGCAGUACAAAGAUUUGACGACAAAGCAGUUUUCAAGGAGAUCAAAGAGUCAAAAGGAAAACAAAAACUACAAUCAAACAAAGUAGCCUCAGCAUCUGGACUUAUUAAUGCCAAACCAUUGCAAGGGGUAGAAUGCAUAUUUUGUAGUGAGAAACAUGACAGUAGUUCGUGCAUCAAAGCAAAGACAAUGUCUUUGGAAGAAAGACAGAAAAUAGCGAGGAAUAUGAACGCUUGUUUCAACUGUUUAAAGUUAGGUCACAGCUUCAGGAGAUGUCGCUAUAAGGAGUCAUGUCCUUGGUGCAGAAGACAACAUGUACUGUUAAUGUGCCGUAACAUAUCUUCGAAUCUCAAAUCUAAGGAGCCCGAUGAGAUAAGGAGCGAGAUAGAGGACAAAGUAGAGGGACAAAAUUUAGCGAGUCUAUCCAAAGAGCCUGAGGUGUUUCUACAGACGUUACGAGUCUGUCUGGUUAACGCAGGAGUGAAAUUACAGGUACGUGCACUUAUAAAUACCGGUUCUCAUUAUUCGUAUAUUUCAGAACGAGUAGCUAAGAAGCUUCGAUAUGAACCGAUGGGAAAACGUACAAUGAUCCACUUAUUGUUUGGAGGAACACAGACUCGACCGCAAGAGCAUCAAUAUUAUAAUGUACACUUACGUAGUCUGGAUGGAUCCUGCGAUUACGAAUUCAUGGCCUAUCAACAAGAUACCAUUUGUGCGGAUGUCGCAGGUAAAAUAUAUACCGGAAGAAUUGUUAAUCUCAAGUGUGGAGUCACCGCUAUCGAAACGCGUUUAGGAUGGACAUUAUUGGGUCGAGCUCCACGAUUUAAGAAGAAAGAGUCGGACACGGUACUAACCGUUCUGUCCAUGUACGUUCAAGAUGCCGAUAUAACUGACUUAUGGAAUCUUGACGUUAUCGGUAUAGAGGAUCCUAUCCGAAAGUCCACAAAAGAAGAACACUUACAAGAGGUCCUUUGCCGAUUCUAUGAUACAAUUAAGAUUGAGGAGACUGGCAGAUACGAGGUGUUUUUGCCUUGGAAAGAAAAUCAUCCACCUCUCUCCGAAAAUCGAGAAACUGCCAAAAGAAGAUUAGGAAAUACUAUAAUAAAACUUCGCAAUGAUGGAUUGCUUCAUGAGUACGAAAAAGUUUUCAAUGAAUGGCUAGAAGAAGGCAUAAUUGAGGAGGUUCCUACGGAAGAAUUGAGCCACCCUGGACAUUAUUUGCCUCAUCGACACGUUGUUAAGGAAAAUAGUACCACACCUAUACGUCCCGUCUUCGAUGCCUCGGCUACGGAAAAGGGUAAAGUCUCAUUGAACCAAUGUCUAGAGGCGGGGCUCAACUUUAUUGAGCUUAUACCAACGUUACUUUUACGAUUUCGUGAGAAACGCAUUGGAGCCAUUAUGGACAUAAGAAGAGCAUUUCUACAAAUCAGUAUAACCCCUAAGGAACGAGAUUAUGUGAGAUUCCUUUGGCAGCGGACUUCUGAUGACAAAAUAGUAACUUAUCGACAUUGUAGAGUAGUUUUUGGAAUCACCAGUAGCCCUUUUCUGUUAGGGACUACCCUUGACUAUCACAUGAAACAAGUUCUUGAAAGAACUAGCGAUGAACAGACAAAAUCCAUAAUUGAGAGGCUUGGAAAAUCGAUGUACGUGGAUAAUUGUGUUACAAGUGUCGAAACAGAAGAAGAAAUGAAUUCUUUCAGAGCGAUCGCGAUCUGUCAUGAGCUCAGGCGGGUUUGA